AUGGCGUUUUCUGAUGCGAGGAAGGAGCUGGACUGUUCCAUCUGUCUGAACAUUGAUACUAAUCCUGUGACGCUGAGAUGUGGACACAACUUCUGCCAGGAAUGUAUAGAAGAUGUUCUGGAUACACAGGAGAGGUCUGGAGUUUAUCGCUGUCCUGAAUGCAGAGAAGAGUUCCAGGAACGGCCUGAACUCAGCAGGGACAUAACACUGCGCAACAUAAUGGAGAGUUCCCAAUCUACAGAGCCAGAGAAGGAGAGCCAAAUCCUCUGUACGCUGCAUGGAGACCAUCAGGGACACCAGGUGGAGGCUCUGGAGGAGGCCUCUGAGAAGAGGAAGGAGAACCUGACCAAUGCUCUGCAGAAGUUGGUGAAAAAGGGAGAAGAGAUGGAGGAAAGCAUCAAGAGUCUGCAGAAGUACAAGAGGAAAGUACAAGACGGUGCAGGUGGUGUAACCAAGAGAGUUGCCACCAUAUUCAGAGACAUCAGGAGACAACUGGACAUCCUGGAGAGGAGAAUUCUUAAAGAGAUAGCUAUGAAGGCAGAGAGAGUCUCAUUCCCAGCCUCCGAAUUAAUCCAGGAUCUGGAAAUAAAGAAGGACAAUCUGUCCAGGAAGAUUCGUCACAUCAAGGAGAUAUGUAACAUGACAGACCCACUAAGUGUCUUACAAGAAUCAGACACAGGAUUAUUUGAUAUAGUAACAGGGGUAAAUAAAGGGAUAAACAUACCAGAACCUGAAGAAAUAACACUGGAUGAAGACACGGCUAAUAAUUAUGUUUAUAUUUCAAACGACAAGAAGACCGCACGCAAGGUAGCAGAAAGCCUAAAUCGCCCUCAAUCACCAGAGAGGCCCAUGGGAAUGAUACCUCAGGUGAUGAGCAGUCAGAGUUUCUCCUCAGGGAGACAUUACUGGGAUGUGGAUGUUGGGGGAUCAUCACACUGGAAAGUUGGGAUGUGUUACACCAGUAUAUUAAAGAUAGGAACCUAUACAGAAAUUGGACUUAAUCUAAUGUCCUGGUGUCUAGAGAGCAAGUCUAAUCAGUUAUCAGCAAAACAUGACAAAAAAUCCAUCACUUUACCUGAUAAUUUAAUAACCAGAGUCAGAAUAAAUCUGGAUUACGAGGCCGGGCAGAUCUCUCUUUAUGAGUUGGGUAUCCCGAUCCGUCACCUCCACACCUUCACCGCCUUCUUCACCGAGCCCCUCCAUGUCGUGUUUUAUGUGAAGGAAGGUUGUAUAAAGAUAUGUCGAGGGAAGCAGGAAGGGUGA